AUGGUCGAAUACCUCGCCAGCUUGGGGUGGAUGACACCUGAAAUGGGCACAAGGGCACUAUUUGAAGCCACUUUUUGCGGACACUCCGCCGUGGUGAAGUUUCUCCUGGAUCACGGGUUUAAAUUAGGUCUGAAAAAAGAAGAAUCUGCUAUUCAUACUGCCUCAGAUGCCGGCCACCUCGAAGUCUUGAAACUGUUUCCCGGCUCGGUAGCUCCUAUAUUGUUCCUGUACCCUGCAGUGUGCAACAGGCAGAUCAGCCUUGUUCGGGAACUUUUGAGCUCCAAGAUUGAUACCUCGUCAACCGAUUACUCUGAUCAAAAGAAACUACUGAAUUCUCUGUUGAAGGCUGUCGAAAUUGGAGAAACUGAGAUGGUGCAGCUCCUGCUGGAUGCCGGUGUCUCCCCCGAGGUAUAUCGCUACGGAAAUUUCGACCAUUCUGCUCUUUACAGAGCAGCAAAAGGGGGCUUCAUUGACAUUGUGAAAUUGCUUGUGCAGGCCGGAGCAGAUAUCUCUCGUGAAAAUCACAUGGUUCGUUCGAGGGUGGUUGAUGGCGACCAUGGAUAUACUGCACUGUACAUUGCUACGACGAAGCGACAUCAGGAUGUGAUGAAGUAUCUGAUAGAAUCAGGAGCGUCCGUUUCAUUCCAAGGGGCAGAGGGUCAUAGUGCGUUACAUGCUGCAGCACGAAGCUCUUGCCCUUCAUCUAUUACCCUCUUACUCGAGGCUGGUGCUGAUGUAUCCGCCGAAGCCUUUUGUGGAGGAACACCUCUCCAUUGCGCCGCGCAAUAUGGUCGUUUGGAAGCAGCCAAGCUUCUACUCCGUGCAAGGGCAGAUCCAUCAGUACGAAAUCGAGAGGGGUUAUCCCCAUGGGAUAUGGCGAUGAAGUACGGCCAUGAAAAAAUUGCUAGUGUUAUUAAGUUGGCAGACGGCUAA